CACAUCCUGUCCUCAGUUAAAAACUAACCACCUGACUCGGACGUUGGGGCUCAGACCGGAAGUGAGCGAGCUGUCUCAAACAUCAGACAGACAUGGCGUGUUUGCUAGCGAGUAGCAGUGCAGGCACCACAAUGUUUUCUUCAACACGGGAAGCAAAACACCGCUCAUGGAUAUGCUCUUUAUUCCUGGUGGUUUAUUUAACGUCGCUGCCAGUUUCGGCAAAGCCGGACAGCCUCAGAGAAGUGACCGACGGCAACUGGGAGGAAAUCCUGACGGGAGAAUGGAUGAUUGAAUUCUACGCACCCUGGUGUCCAGCAUGCCAGCAGCUCCAGCCGGUGUGGAAGGAGUUUGCAAACUGGGGGGAGGACAUGGGGGUCAACAUAGCCAAGGUGGACGUGACAGAUCAACCCGGUCUGAGUGGGCGAUUCAUCAUCACUUCACUUCCUACUAUUUACCACUGUAAGGAUGGCGUCUUCCGGAAGUACCAGGGAGCUCGCACUAAAGAGGACUUCCUCAGCUUCGUUGAUGAGCAGAAAUGGAAAGCAGUGGAGCCAGUUUCCUCUUGGUUGGGGCCAUCUUCGUUUCUAAUGAAUUCAAUGUCUGCUUUGUUCAAGCUCUCCAUGUUUAUCCGGCGUUGUCAUAACUACAUGACAGAGCAUCUCGGGAUUCCUGUUUGGGGAUCUUACGUUAUCUUUGGCUUGGCCACUCUGUUCUCUGGCCUUGCAUUGGGACUGUUGCUGGUGUUCAUCGCAGAUUUUGUCUUCCCCUCACGACGAUUUUCUUCUUCAGAUUACUACCAGAAAAAACAGACAAUGCAGCAGGCGAGGUUGCUCCAACGACAAGAGGACGAACAUGAGGCUGACGGCGAGGAAGACGACGAUGAAGAGGAAGAAGAGCAGGAUGGCGACCAGGAUGAUGUCUGGAGCAGGAGGAGAGGUUCCCCAGAGGGCCGCCCAGAACCUAAGGGACAGGCUUUGUCUGAUGAAGCUCUGAGGAAGAGGGUGGUGGGCAACCGUGAGGAGGUGGAUGAGGAGGAUACCUAGAGAGUCACAUGGCCCCUACUCCUUUUGAGAAGAGCGCCGUGUAGUCAGCAGAGUCGGAGGAGCCUUGGUCCCAAGCAGCAGUGUUUACAGCAGGGAGCCCUAAACCUCCCCUUCUCCUCCUCUUCCUCCUUUUCUGAGCCUGCAGACACCUCACUUCUUUUCUUCUCCUUCCCUUUUUUUCGAAGGGAGCGCUUUAGACUCUCACUGCCGCUCUCUCCACCUGAGCAGCAGGCUCCACCUGGAAAAAGCAAAAACACUCCUGACACCUGAAACAAAUCGCCUGGCUGACGUUUAGGUAUGAAGUGCAGUAGAGAUGGAUUUUGCAAAGUUGUUUAUGCUAUGCAUCAUUUUUUAAAGAUUUGUGUGUUUUAUUAUAUGUUUAUCUCAGAAUUAUUAUACCAGCCUUGCGUUUGAAGUUUAUUUUGUUAAAUUUUACUCUUCAGCUGAUGUAUACAUACGGUUAUUUUAUGUUGCAUAUAUUUUACAAACCCUGACAGUUCAACCCAACGUAACAAUGUUCACACACCAUUCGACAUUCAGUGCAUAAUGGAGAAAAGAGGGAAAAGAAAGGGCCCCAAAAAUGUUACAGUUGUAAACCUUAAGAUUUAAUUCCUGGUUGAUUUGGUGACGCCCGUGGUUACCGUGGUAACAGCAAGUGCGGUUUAAUACGUCAGCAAACACUUGUUGAGCAGCUGCACCUUUGUCAGAAAUACAACAGAAGAGCGACUGGUGUAUCUGUUUACAGUGCAGCCAAAAAGACGGUCAAUAAUAACUGCAACCGCAAUCUGAUUUCAUGCUGCAGACAGCGUGAAUAGUUUUCCACAUAACCGCAGGACACAGUAAAGUCGGUUAUCUUGCUUAGAAGUUGGAGGUGUGGAGCCUGUUGCUUGCCACUCUUCAUCUAAGAGCUCUCUGUGGCUGCUCCUUCUUGUUCCAUUACUCCCUUGCAAAAAUUAAAAUCCACUGAUGAAAAAAAUAUUGCAAAUGACUGCUCUCUUGUUUUGUAGACGCAUUUUUGAUAAACAGUCAUGGUCACUGCUAACCUUAGUGACAAAUACAUUGCUUUCCAAUAAAAUCCACCCCUUGAGUGCCCAGAUGAAUGCUUUUAAUGUGAAGCCGCAGCAGUUGGAAAUGUUUGGUGUGUAUUAGCAGUAACUAAAUACAGCUCAGCUACAGUGUUAGGAGAGUGAACAGUGAACAAAGGCGGAUACCAAUGACAUAAAAUGAAAAACAGUAACUCUGGAUUACACGCAUGCCUGCUUCCUUGUGAAUCCAGUGAGGCAAUGGCAGACUCUGCCACAAACAAUGGAAACUACUGAUCAAUAUAUAGUAGUAAUUACAGAAUGUAAAUACAUUGAAUGGCUGUAGAAAAAUGCAGAUCAUAAAUGUUAUUAAAAACAGGGUUUGGUUUAUAAAUUUGGUUUAUACGAAUUAUAACUUCAACAUGGAACACCGAGGUUUAAAUUUCAGCCCUGUCGUUUUCCUCAGUCCGUGUUAAGUGUGCAUCCUCUGGGCACAGGUACGUAUGGGGCAGGAUCCCUUCUUACAGCAUUUGUUUUUUGCUCAAUAAUCGCACCAGAACGUUGACUGAGCUGCACUCUUCAGAAAACUAGACCACGCCAGGUAGAUGCUGAUUAAAAAAAGAACUAUACCCACUCCAAAUAUAAAAGGCCUGGUGAAUGUUGUUCUGUAGAUACUGUAUGUCCCCAUAAUGUAUCAUACAAUCAACCAAUGGUUUUAUUUCAGUUUUUAUUAAAACAUUUUUUUGUUUAUUUGUGAUUCUCUAAUUAUUAAAGCAUAAUGUUUACUCGAACAACCUCGAUGUGUUGUCGACCUGUCAGUAGGUCUACAGUACAGUAUAUGCAUGCCGUAAUACAUUUAAAGAGAGGAAUAAUUUAGGGACUCCCUUUUAUAUAUUGUUAUAUACAGAGAGAAGUCUGGAAUGUACGUCCUAACACUGCUCUGCUUUGUGGAACAGCAAGAGGACCAGAAUAAAUCUGUCUGCUCGACAAAGGGAGGCAUAAUUCAUCCCACUGUAAUCUUGUUUUAACCACUUUUAACUGGACUUAUUUUAGGCUCAAAACGUCAAAUUAAACCUGAACUUCUGAUGGUAAUUUAUCUAAAUGAGUGCCAUUUUUGUGUGCAUUUGUUUCUCACUGAAAUCAUGAACAAAUUGGCAUUUUUACGCAUAUUUUUCAAAUAUUAAUGCCACUUGAAGCACAGCCUGUAUCCACUUCAGUCUUGUAGAGCAAAAAGGUGUGUGUGUGUGUGUGUGUGUGUGUGUGUGUGUGUGUGUGUGACACAUUUCACUCUGUUAUUUCGAUGGAGCUUUUAGUGACUGGCAUAGACCUCGAUUUAUUUUUAUGUUGCUUUCUAUUUCACAAAAUGCAAAUUACUCAUUUCAGUGACGGUUGAAACAGGUUGUAAUUUUUUACCCGACCACUAUGUAUGGCUUGUAGCAUUCACACUUUACUCUGAGCCGGCUGUUCUCCUUCAUUGUUUGAACAUUUCUUCGAAUAAAGGGUUAACUCUGAAAA